AGAGGGAGCGGGAGCGGGCGGAGGGACGGCUGAGCGGGCGGGGGGGACGCCCGGCCAUGCGGGGCCGGCGGCCGCGGCGCGGGUGAGGCGGGCGGCGCUCCAUGGCCGGCGGCUCGGGGUGAGGCAGGCGCGGGCAUGGCGGGCGUGAGCUACUCGCCGCCCUGGUGGGUGAGCCUGCUGCACCGCCUGCCGCACCUCAGCCUGCGCUGGGAGCUCACCGCCGCCGACUUCCGACCGCACGACGCCGAGUACCAGCAGGCCCUGCUGCUGUUGGGUGGCAUUGCUCUCUCCUGCCUGGCUCUGGACCUGCUCUUCCUCCUGUUCUACUCCUUCUGGCUGUGCUGCCGCCACCGCAAGAGCGAGGAGCACCUCAAUGCUGACUGCUGCUGCACGGCCUGGUGCGUCAUCAUCGCCACCCUCGUCUGCAGUGCUGGAAUUGCUGUGGGCUUCUACGGGAAUGGGGAGACCAGCGACGGCAUCCACCGGCUGACGUACUCGCUGCGCCACGCCAACCGCACCGUGGCCGGCGUGCAGGACCGGGUACUGGACACUGCAGUGGCCCUGAACCAAACAGUGGAACCAAACUUGCUCGUCCUGGAGGAGAUGUUCAAGAAGCAGACAGACUACCUGCAAAUUGUCCAGAAACUGCAAAGUCUCUUGGAUAAUCUAGUCAGGCAAACAACUGAGAUCCCCUUCUGGAAGAAUGACGAGCUGUCUCUGGAGGAGCUGGCAAUUCAGAUUGACCUCUAUGACUGGUACAGGUGGCUGGGAUACCUGGGCCUGCUCCUCUUCAAUGUCCUGAUAUGUUUGCUGGUGCUCUUUGGGCUCAUUAGAAACUCCAGGGCCAUUCUUAUGGGGGUGUGCUUGCUUGGGGUGUUUGCCCUGAUUGUCAGCUGGGGAUCCCUGGGCCUGGAGCUGGCUGUUGCUGUGGGCUCCAGUGACUUCUGUAUCAACCCUGAUGCUUAUGUCUCCAAAGUGGUUGAAGAGAAUGCAGUGCUCAGUGCUGAGACUCUCCGCUAUUACAUGACCUGCAGUGCUGGGUACCCCAACCCCUUCCAGCAGAAGCUGUCAGGAAGUCACAAGGCUUUGGUAGAAAUGCAGGACGAUGUGUCGGAACUGAUGAAGUCAGCGAGCAAAGAGCACCCCACCUCCAAGGAGUAUCUUACUCGGAUCCAGGAGGUUUUGAACUCCACAGAGAUCAACUUGCAGCAGCUGACAGCUUUAGUAGACUGUCGGAGUCUGCACUUGGAUUACAUCCAGGCUCUGACAGGAUUCUGCUAUGAUGGAGUGGAAGGCCUCAUCUACCUGGUUCUCUUCUCCUUUGUCACAGCCCUCAUGUUCAGUUCCAUUGUCUGCAGCGUCCCACACACUUGGCAGCAGAAGAGAGGCUCAGAUGAUGAUGGGGAAGAAGAAUCAGCUGCUCAAGGGAGCAGACAGACACACGAUAAUCUGUACAGAGUGCACAUGCCCAGCCUCUAUAGCUGUGGCAGUAGUUAUGGCAGUGAGACCAGCAUCCCUGCAGCAGCACACACAGUCAGCAAUGCUCCCGUCACGGAGUACAUGAGCCAGAAUGCAAAUUUCCAGAACCCCCGUUGCGAGAAUACCCCGCUCAUUGGCCGGGAGUCCCCACCUCCCUCAUUGUAUUUGGCUGCCAUGGACAGUAGCAGCCAUAUGAGCUGGCAGCUUAAGCCCUCGGACAGUGCACGGACAUACUGGUAACAGCGCCCGCAGAUGGAACAGUACACCUCCAGCAUGAGAGCCAAAUACCUCGCCACCAACCAACCUCGUCCAGAUGCUGGCAGUGUGCAUUAAAACGAAAAAGCAAAAGCAAAAAGCAAAAAACAAAAACAAAAAACAAAACCCACACGUGCAGUCAGACUAAACAAUGUGCCAACUGCUGUGCCCCUGUGCUGUCCUUGUAGAACAAUCCUGCUGUUCUGCCCAAAAUCUAGUGCAGCUCCUUCUGUUUCUCCAGUCCAGACCACCCUUCCAACCUGGUACCUGGCCACUGAGUGGAAGCUCCUUUUGAAUUUAAGCCUUCACCCUGUAGUACAAGAGAGCAAACGUGUGCUGGCCAGCAGCUGACAGCCCCUGGGCAGCAACCUGGGCCCUCAGCCCGUGGGGCAGCUUACCAGAGCAGCCUGGCAGGAACAGCUGGUGAAUAUCUUCUGCCGCCUUCUUCCCCCCUUCUGUUCCAAGAAGGACUUGGUGAAAGAUGGUGGUAGAUCUUCUUCACUUCUGCAGUGGGACCAGCAGCCUGGCAGACACUGAAGAAGCAGCACUGGGUGCCUGUGGCUGGUGUGCAACGAGGGAAUGCUGGGGGAAUGCUCAGCACAGCAUCUGAUGGGAAUCCUCUGGUGCACUGCCCUGGGUGAGGGAGGAGGGAGCUCCUGCCUCAGGGUGUCACUGCAUAUCCACUGGAAUUUGCUCUAGAAGAGCAAACCAUUUCACUACCCUGGUUAACUUUUUUUUUUUUUUGCUUUUUUUUUGAAGUCCAUUAAGAAAAUGCCUUUUUCUUUCCCUCUAUAUCUAGCACGUGAAUUCUUGAGGAGGAGCAGAGGGGCCCAGCAGCAGUCAGUUACCCUGUCCACUGCUCUGGAGCUGACCUCUCUGCUCCACCAGGGAUGCCCAGGUAUUUGCAGAUGGCAUUCUGGGUGCUGCCUUUCCUAGGCUGACACAGAUCAAACAGGAGCCAGCCACUCACUUGGUGCCAAAUUUUUCCAGGGAAAGACUUUUGAGACUUUUUGGGAGGUAUUUUUGCACUAAAGAGUUUUGGCUCUCUGAUGCUAGAUCUUAUGGGACAGUCAGCUUGCAAAAGCAAGAGAAACUGGAAGCACCCAAUGGAUUUAUAGCAAAUGCAAGCUCUCCCCGUGGGAAUGACCUGUGAACUCUGCUGGACUUUCUUUUUUUCCUUUUUUAUAAACCAUAAUCUACAGCACAGGGUUGCUGAAAUGGCAUUGAAGGAGGUUUUUGGAGCCUCAUUCCUAACAAACUCAUGAGAUUGUCAGUGAUUCUUCUGUGUUUAGAGUCCGAAACCCUUGACAACAUUGUGACUGUCAGAACAGAUUUAUAUUUUAUUCUAUUUUGUUUAGUUUUCAAAGGCACAUUGCUAACCACUAUCUGACCAUACUAAUGCACAUGUAAGGCAUUUUCUAGACGUGGGGCAGAACAAGGCUUGCAAAGGGGCAGCUGGGUGCCUGCAGAGGGCAACAUCCUUCACUGGUGCUGUACUUCCCACUGAAGAGCAGUGCUCCAAAGGGCACUGACAGCUUCCUGCUGGAAGAGGAGACUGCCUCUUGGGAGGUACUGUCAACUACUGCCCUUUCACUAGGGUAACUAUAAUGUUCCUUUUUGUCUUUUUACCUCUCAGUAGGGGCAUCUUAGCAGAGCUGCUGAGCAUUUUAUUAAAUAACUGGCAGAGGAAAUUGAGUGGGGAACGUCUCUCAAACUGGAGUGGAGCUGUUGGCAGAGACAGUUCACUGUCACCUCAGUGAUGGUCAGACUUGGUGUUUGUUUACCCCACGUUUGCAGCUUGGGGCACAGAAUUACCAACCUGCCUUUACUCAAGUCAGUUGCCUUCUUGCAGUGAGGUGGGAACUGCUCCUGGCAGGCAGCUAAACAGGCUGGAGGCAUCUGCUGGGAAAUGGUACCAGCUCUGUGGCACAGCAAGCUUUGAGACUCCUCUUAAGAUAGAAACCACUACUAAACUGCAAGGCCAGCUGUUACCAUUCGAAGGAGUGUGAGACAGGGAGGAGGCAUCACCACACAGACAGGAAGAGGAGGGUUUGGAAUAAACUUCACACUUCACCAUCAAUCUCUGGAAGCAGGAUGUUCUUGCUCAGGACUGAGUAUGCCCUUUCAGGGCUUCACACUGAAACAUUACCUCUGUUUUAUCAAAUAACAAGGGCAGGGAAACCUGGUCACAGGUGGUAUGGAGGGACACUGUGGCUCACGAGCCCCAGGGUUUCCAUCCUGUCUUAGAGCCUACCAGGAGAUGUGGGUGUGCAGGGUGUGGUGAGGUGAUCUUGCAGGGCCCCAAGCACCCAACUGUUCUCUGGGGGGAACCCCAACCUUUCCCUUACUUUGAAGAAAGAAUCAAGAGCCAUAUAAUCCUUAUUAAGACUGAGUUGUUCUGCCAUCAUCCCUCCAUGCAAGGAUGUGCUCCAAUUGCUACUCACAUUAUCAAUUUUAGGGGAGCUGCCCUGAAAUCUGUGGCCCAGUCCUACUGGUGGAAGGCAAGUGUUUUGGAGGCUGGAGGGAGUGGGGAACCCUGUGAAAACAAGUGCUUCUGUGUACUGACUUCUUUGUGCACAGAAUGCACCCUGAACCUGUGUGUGACUGCACUUUGGGCUGGGUCUAAAUUGUCACCGUGGCAUUGUCUGUGCCACACAGGAACAGGAGUGAGCCUUUGUUUGCAGCAUCUACAGAGCAGCCACCUUGACCUGCUUCCUUCCAAGGUCUGGCAUAGCCACUUCCAACACCCAGAACAACUUCUGACAGUGUUUGGGGCUCGCAGCAAGGCACAGCUGUGGAGAUACGUGCUCUGUGACUUCAACAUAUAACUGGAAAGAAUGUUAUGGAGAUAACAUUUUGCUCUCUGGAGGCCAGCACAACAUGACUGCAGUGUGAGCAGUGUACCUGUGUCCAGCCAGCACUUCCUUUACUUGACAUGGAUAUUGCACUUUUGUAAAGCAUCCUGGAACUCUGCUGCCCCGCUGCAUGCUGUGCAGAGCGCUGGAUAGGAAACACAGACAAAUGGGUUUCUUUUGGUUUAUUAUUAUUGUUAUUAUUACUAGUACUUUUUUGGGGUUUUUUUCCUUUUUUUUUUUUUUGUUUUACUGGAACCUUGAGCAACAGUGUGGCAUUUCUGCAGGCUGGUCUGAAUGGAUCUGCUGAAGAACAGAUGGCCUUUGCCUAUUCUUAUGGCUGCGACAUAAUCAGUCUCAUCCAUAUGGUCACAUUUAGUCUGAGGAGGGGACUUUGAAAAGCCAAGAUCUCCCAGACUCUGUGCCUCCCUCUCGGGUGAACAGCAGGUGCUAUCUGGCGAAGACUCAUCUGUUCUGGAUGGCAUUCAUGGUUGAGGGAGUCCAAACUCUUCAAGCUGCAGGAGGUAAAGCUGUAGAGACUUCUCUCUCUUCCAUCUUGUCUCUCUGUUUUUAAUGUGACAAAACGCCAAGGCCAUAUCACUUGGUGUGUCCUAGCUGACCUUAUUGGACAUGUCUCAUGUUGCUGGUUGCUAGAAAAAGGGUCCAGAAGUUGGAGGAGCUGAGAUUGGCCUCUGGACACCUCGCUGACUGCAGAGUGGACGGCAGCUUGUCCGGUUGGAGGUGACUGCAUCGGUGAAGACACUUCAUGUUACUUUUUCAGAAGCACAAAUGUGGUCAUUGGCUUGUCUGGUUGGCUUGGUUUAUUUCCACUGCAUCAUCAUGUGUGAAUGACACUUUCUUUUGGAACUGAGAACUCUUCCAAGCACACAAACAUCUCCACAAUGUGAAAUGUAAAUAGCAUGUUGGACUCUCGUGUCCAGUGUUCAAGACUGCAUUGUAAUUGUAAAGGAAAUCAAAUCAAGACUUGGCUGUGAAUUUCUUGUGCUGUCUUGGGAAUUAUAACUGUAGUGUUUGUAUCCUGUAUGUAUUAUUAAACUGAGUUCAUUUUGUGUGCUGAUAAAAGGGUUCAAGCUAAGAUUUUUAGCGUGCAUCCAUGUAUCCAAAUGUGAAGGAUGGAGUGCUCCCUUCCCCUCCUGUCCUUUUUAAGUUUUCUCCAUUUGGUAGGUGUUGAUUUUCCGUGUACAGUCAUCUCAGCCAAGAUGCAAGGGAUGUUCAUUUGAGUGCUUUGGGGACACAGUGCAUGGGGUUUUAAGUGAUCCUAAGUCAGCAUUUCCAUAGCAGUUCCCUGAAACUACAUGAAAAGUUUGGCCUUUCUGAGAGUUAGACCAUUUCUCAGGGAGCUGCUCAGCCAUUGCUCACGAGAGCUUUGGGUGCUGCAGGGUGGUGGGAGACAGGAGUGGGUGGGUGCCCCCAGAUCAAGGUCCAGGUACCUGUGGGAGCGAGCCCAGGCUUCACUUCUGGUGCCCCUUCUUUCCCUCCCAGCAGCCACUGAAAUACCAUUCUGAGCCCUUUGAAGAAGAGAGAAGUGUCUUGGCUCGUUGGUCCCUGCCACCCCCCCAGUUCAGUUCCAGAGGAGAUGAGGUGGGUGGGUUUCCCCUGAGCUCAGGAGAGGAGCUGUCUUUGAAGUUGUUCCUGCCUGGGGUCCAAGGAGCAGCCAGGGUCUCCCCCAGCUCAGAAGUGUGUCAGUGGCACUCGGUGAACGCCUCUGGGUAGGAGGGACAAGCCCUCCAGGGAGGUGCUGAGGAGCAGAUCUCAUGCCUUGAGACAGACCUGACAAGGCUUGGUCUGUACCUCCUUUCACCACAGCCUACCUCCCUUUUCCAGAAAUUGUGUGUGUGCUAUGGAUGGCUUCCCUGGGCAGCCCAGGAGGCCCAGCAGAAGCGUGGGAUGUUUUGGGAGCAGUUCCUAGAUGGCUGACAAGUGGUUUGUGCUGUCGGGGGGUGUGGGAUCUCUGCCAAGCCGUGAUGGUGAGCGUGCUGCCCAGCUGGGAGAUGAGGGAUGGGUUACUGGUGGCCUGGAGCUCCCAGGUGCUCACCCAGCCCCUGUGGCUGCAUGAACAAAGUGGAACAUAAAUUGACGUACAACCAGAAAGUUCAAAAUACUCCUUUCCUAAAGAGGAUAACUGUAGCAUGAAGCUCUUAGGUGCUCUGCAUAUUUGAUACCACAUUGCUCCUCACUAUGCAAUUCCCAACUCCUUCCUUCCUGUUCCUCCUCUAAUCUCACACCAAGACUUCUCCAGUGGCCUCUGCCCAGGAGGCUGCUGAAGUCCCAGAAAAGCCUCAUUUCUUCCAUUGUCCUCUGCCCUGGGUGCAGCUGCCCAGCUGUCACGUCGUGUGCCUCAGGUCCCUUGGUAACGGGAGGCCCCAUGAGUUUUAUUCACAUCAUUCAGAGGGAAGUUUAUUUUCUUGGACACUGUGCACAGAAACCUAAUGGUGAACAUGUACCUGGCCUUUUUGUAACUUCUCUGUUUUGUUUGUUUUGUUUUGGUUUUUUUUUUCUUCUUAACCAUAAUGGUUGUAUAUCAUACCACUUUAUAUACAUAUAUAAUAUAUAAAUAUAUAUAAUUUUUUUUUUAAACUUCGGACCUGCUAGUUUCUUUCAAGUGUUCCUGCACUUACCCAAAAUGUUUUUAAAUUGUGAAGAUUAAAGAGGAUUGAGCCCAUUUUUGUAUCUUUACUUUUAAUUCUGUAGUUCUCUUGAUUGUAACGUAGCUAUUUUUUACUGUAACUUUUUGGUUUGCAAAUACUAAACAAAAAAACCUAAAUGUAAUAUCUGUGGUUUCUAUUCAGCUUGGGUUUCAUGUUUUAAAAAUAAACGAUUUAAAACCAC